AUGGAUGAGGCGACGGAGCUGCAGACCGGGGGGAACUCCCUCCUGAAGGCAGUGUGGCUGGGCCGGCUGCGGCUGACCCGGCUGCUGCUGGAGGGGGGGGCCUACAUCAAUGAGAGCAACGAGAAGGGGGAGACGGCGCUGAUGGUGGCCUGCAUCACCACGCACGUGGACCAGCAGAGCAUCAGCAAGGCCAAGAUGGUGAAGUACCUGCUGGACAACAGGGCCGACCCCAACAUCCAGGACAAGUCUGGGAAGACGGCCCUGAUGCACGCCUGCAUCCGCGGCGCGGGUGGCGAGGUGGUGACCCUGCUGCUGGACAACGGGGCCGACCCCAGCCUGGAGGACCACUCCGGUGCCUCUGCACUGGUGCACGCCAUCAACGCCGAUGACAAGGAUGUUUUGCAGCACCUCCUGAAUGCCUGCAGAGCCAAGGGGAAGGAGGUGAUCAUCAUCACCAUGGACAAGUCGGCCACCGGCGCCAAGGCCACCAAGCAGUACCUGAACGUGCCCCCACUGCUGGACUUCAAGGAGAGGGCCUCCCCUGAGACGAGCAACGCAGCACUGAAGGCGGCCGCCCCAUGCCCACAGCCCGCCGAGCAGGAGCUGCCCCCCGGGGACGGUCCUCCCACCAAGGCCACCCCUGAGCCACCCUCCCCGGGCUGGAGGGGCGGCACCACCACCAAGAGAGCGCGGCUCCCGCAGCUGAAGCGGCUGCAGUCGGAGCCGUGGGGGCUGGUCGCGCCCUCAGUGCUGGCUGCGCACCACGAGGAGCAGCGGGUGCGCACGGAUGACGAGCUGGUCAGCAGCAUCGGGGAGCUCGCGCUGUGCAGGAAGGCUCCCCUCAGCCGCAGCAAGGAUGCGCCCCUAUUCCCGCUGGUGGACGAGCAGGCGCUGCGCACGCCUCCAGCCCCCGGGUCCGGCUGCAGGAAGGGGUUCGAGAAGGGCCCCCAGCGCCUGCCUCGCAGGAGCACGGUGCCGGAGCCGCCGGAGAGCAGCGAGGCGAUGGAGGCCCUGCACUGGCGGCGGAUGAGCGCCGAGCACCACGAGUGCGACGCCGGCAUGGCCGAGGCGGGGAAGGUGGCUGCGGAGAGGAGGAAGCUGAGCGGCUCUCACCUGGCUCUGCUGGGUGGUUCGCGGGAGGCUCUGGAUGGCGCCCCCAGCACCUCCCCCGCCGCCGCCCGCCGCCCGCCCAACCUGCUGGAACGGCGCGGCUCCGGCACGCUGCUGCUGGACCACAUCGCGCACACCCGGCCCGGCUACCUGCCCCCCCUCAACGUCAACCCCAGCCCCCCCAUCCCCGACAUCGGAGCCAGUGGCAAGGCCCCCUCCCCGCUGGCUGCCGGCUUCAGGGCCCUGGUGCCCGUCGCGCCCAGCUCCCCCAAGCGGGGUGACCUGAGAACCAAAAAGAAACUCCUGCGGAGGCACUCCAUGCAGCUGGAGCAGAUGAGGCAGCUGUCUGAUUUUGAGGAAAUCGUGGCACAGUAG